AUGAGUGAACGCCGCAUCCAAGGUCGUCGUCGAUCGUCGACCUUGCAUUACCAAACGUUCGACACCACGCCGCCCAAGUCGCGUGGGCCUCCCAACUCCGGUCCGCCGGAAUCCCCCGCCGACGUAUCUCAGCAUUCAGAGGAUGCGCCUAGCCAACACCAGUCUUCUCGGUCUCCAUUGCCCGUAAGACAGAUGCUUGUAUUAGCGAUGAUCGCUCUGGCGGAGCAAACCGCUUUGAACUCCAUUAGUCCAUACCUGCCAGACAUGGCUUCGACCUUUCCGGAAGUCGAGCCUAGCCAAGUCGGCGUCUAUGUGGGAACGAUCGCUUCGGCAUUUGCGUUGGCUCAAUUUGCGACUAACUAUUUUUGGGGUUCAUUGUCCGACCGCAUUGGCCGGAAGCCCGUUAUACUUCUCGGCACCAUCCUUACCGCAUUGUGUUUUGUUGCCUUCGGAUUCUGCAAGACUUUAGGUCAGGCAAUUGCGGUUCAAGCACUGAUGGGGGUGGUGAACGGAAAUCAGGGCCUGGUUUCAACAUGCCUGGGGGAAAUUACAGACCGCAGCAACCAGUCAAAAGCCUUCACUUGGCUUCCCGUUCUAUAUGGAAUCGGAGGCAUAACGGGCCCACUCGUAGGAGGGCUGCUAGUAUUCAAACAGAAUCCAUUCACCGGAAAAGAGAAUCCAUACCCAUUCCUUGCCCCGAAUCUGGUCUCUGCCGCUAUCCUCCUUGUGGAUUUCGGGCUGACGGCCUUUUUCAUGGAGGAAAGCUUAGAAGACGCAGGACCAUUACCUCAGUUCGGCAAAAAGCUUCGCAGGAAGUUCCGCAACCUGUUCACAUGGCUAUGGCAGUUCACUGGCCUCUCGCAGCAUCCUACCUACCUCCGAGUCCCAACCCCUACUCAAGACGACACCGAUACAAUCGAGAGCGAGGAUCACGACAGUGACUUGGAUUCAGCUUCGGAGAUUUCAACCCGCAUUGCGCUACACGAACCAUUGACUUGGAGGGAGUUCUUCACGCGCGACACUGUUCUACUUCUAUUGACCUACCUGAUCUUUGCCCUGUGUAACGUCUCGUUCAAUUCGUUGUUCCCAAUCUUUACACAGGCUAAACCACCAGCUGGACGCAAUCUGACUCCUUCGGAGAUUGGUCUAUCCCAGGGAUUUGCCGGAUUUGUGACGAUAGCUUUCCAGAUAUGCGUCUUUAACCGUCUUCGUGGCAAGAUGGGUAAUCGGUGGUCGUAUCGUGCUGGCCUUUUCGGCUUUGGGAUUUCUUUCCUAUUAAUGCCUUUCGUCGGGUAUAAGAGCGAAUCUGCUCAUGGACUCACACGCCAAUCUGCACUGAUGGCUGUUGAAUUAUGCUCUGUGCUUCUGAUCAAGACUGUCGCCUCUGUAGGUGGUCUGACCAGUGCUCUAUUGCUGAUUACCAAUAGCGCGCCAAAUCAUGCUGUCCUUGGUGCCUUGAAUGGUCUUGCACAGACUCUUUCUGCUGCUGGACGCUCGGUUGGGCCCUUUUUAUCAGGAGGUCUCUUCACAUUGACCGCGAAGAUUCAACCACGUGGCGAAGCCCUGGCCUUUGGUGUCUUCGGGGCCGUCUCUUUCAUCGGAUUUCUCUUAAGUUUUGGCAUCCGUGCCCAAACUCUUGAAGCGGAUGGUUUGCCCGACAAUGCAAGCGUCAAAUCCGACGAAGAGGAACCGAUAAUGUCUUAG